AGUUUGUGGCCAGCGGUGUUUCUGCAGUCGGCACAGCGGCCUGGGCUGGAUUGGAUUACAGCCGGUAUUGUUUGUAGUCCGAGGUGUUGGAGUGGUGGGAAUGGAAAACAAGAAAUUUAAAAUUAAUUUGGACGAUUCUGCGUUCAACAGAGAAAGAAGUCCGGUGGCUUCUCUUUUCAAGCCCUCUUCCAAAAAACCCAGUGCAGAGACCUCGACUACCCACAGUGCACCUCAAGCUGGUGGCCAGCCGCUGUCUUAUGCCGAGUUCGUCGUUCAGAGCAAAAGCAGAGCUAAAGAGAGACCUGGAGAUCUUCCUCAGGAUGUGCAUAGAGCUGCAGAACAGAGAUCUGACACUGCUCUUGAAUGUGGAUCAGUCACAAAACCUUCCACAGAUGCUGGGAAAGCUCAGACUAGCACAAAAGAGAGAAUGAGUCCAGAGCCAACUAUAGCAGGAUCGGAGACCUCUGCAGUUCCAGGAAGGUUGGAGGAGGAUGUGGGACAAGGGCAGAAAAUGGAUGAAGGUCACAGCACAGAGAAAGGCAUCAUUAUGCCACCAGCGAUAGGGUCAGGGAGCAGCAUUAUUGUAAGCCCAAGACAGAGAGGAAACCCUAUUUUAAAGUUUGUCCGGAGCGUCCCGUGGGAGUUUGGAGAGGUACUGCCUGACUACGUCUUGGGUCGAACAACAUGUGCACUCUUUCUCAGUGUGCGCUACUAUACCCUGAACCCAAACUACAUCCACGAGCGGCUGAAGCAGCUGGGCCAAACUUUCACACUCCGAGUACUGCUCGUGCAAGUUGAUGUGACAGAUCCUCAUCAUGCACUGAAGGAGCUCGCUCGAAUCUGCAUCAUGGCUGACUGCACACUUAUCCUGGCCUGGAGCCCUGAGGAAGCCGGUCGUUACUUGGAGACAUAUAAAUCUUAUGAGAAAAAGCCUGCAGAUCUGCUUAAAGAGCAAGUAGAGAAAGAUUACCUGUCUAAGGUUACUGAUUGUCUGACCACAGUGAAGUCCAUCAACAAAACUGACGCCAUCACACUGCUGUCCGCAUUCUCUUCUUUGGGGGGCAUCAUUAAUGCAUCAAAGGAGGAGCUGGUUCUGUGUCCAGGACUCGGCCCACAAAAGGCGAGAAGACUGUAUGAUCUGCUUCAUCAACCUUUUCUGAAGUCUAAAAAGAAAGAAAGCAGAUGAGACUUGGACUCUGGUCAGAAAAGAAUGAACCAUUUUUUUUUUAAAAAAGGAGCGUCCCAUCUUUAAGUGCGCAUCACAAGCCAAUUAAAAACCCAAUAUGGUACUGAUGCUCACAACUGUGACUGCAAGAGAGCAAAGGAUGGAGGGAUAUGAGAGAUCUGUAGAAAUCUCUCUCACAUCAGACCUUCUCUCUGGAUCGAAAAAAAAAGCACUCUCAGGAUAGUUUGAGUGCUCUUAUGAACCUAAUGAUGUUUUACUUUCAACAUUAUGUAUCUGCAAAAAUAUUUUGAUAUAAUUCUGUGCAUUGUUACAAUAAAGAUGUAUAUUUUUA